AUGGGGGGCUGCUACUCCGCCUACGCCUCCUCGCGGAAGCUGCACGGCCGCCUCGGCAACCUCUCCUUCGUCCUCCCCGUCGAACAAGACGCCGCCAACAACCCGGCCGGGACCGACAACAGCUGCAAGACCGGCAGCAAUAACCCGGACGCCGGCGCCACCGAGGAGGAGGAGCUGGUGACCAAGACGACGGCCGCGGAGUUCGCGCGCCGGUACGUGCUGGGCAAGGAGCUGGGCCGCGGCGAGUUCGGGGUCACGCGCCGCUGCCGGGACGCCGCCACGGGCGAGUCGCUCGCGUGCAAGACCAUCCGGCGGCACCGCCGCGGCGGCCGUGGCCGUGGGGCGCAACGCAAGACCGCCGGCGGCGCCGAGGCCGCGGCCAAGGCCAAGGCUGCCGCCGCCGCCGCCGCCGCGGCGCACGCGGCGGACGUGCGGAGGGAGGUGGCCAUCAUGCGGCGCAUGUCGUCCCGCGGCGGGGCCGCCGUCGUGCGCCUGCGCGAGGCCCGCGAGGACCCCGACGGCGCCGUGCACCUCAUCAUGGACCUCUGCGAAGGCGGCGAGCUCUUCGACCGCAUCGUCGCGCGCGGCCACUACUCCGAGCGCGCCGCCGCCAACAUCUUCCGCACCAUCGUCGACGUCAUCCAGCUAUGCCACUCGAACGGGGUGAUCCACCGGGACCUGAAGCCGGAGAACUUCCUCUUCGCCAACAAGUCCGAGGACUCGCCGCUCAAGGUCAUCGACUUCGGCCUCUCCGUCUUCUUCAGCCCCGGCGACCGCUUCACGGAGGUCGUCGGCAGCGCGUACUACAUGGCCCCCGAGGUCCUCAAGCGGAGCUACGGCCAGGAGGUGGACGUCUGGAGCGCCGGCGUCAUCCUCUACAUCCUCCUCUGCGGUGUGCCCCCAUUCUGGGGCGACAACGACGAGAAGAUCGCGCAGGCCAUCCUCCGCGGCGGCAUCGACUUCAGCAGGGAGCCCUGGCCCAGGGUCUCCGCCAGCGCCAAGGACCUCAUCCGCCGGAUGCUCGACCCGGACCCGACCACGCGCCUCACCGCAUCGCAAGUUCUUGAGCACCCGUGGCUGAAGAACGCCGACACCGCGCCCAACGUGUCGCUGGGCGAGGCGGUGCGGUCGCGGCUGCAGCAAUUCUCGGCCAUGAACAAGUUCAAGAAGAAGGCCCUCGGGGUGGUGGCGAGGAACAUGCCGGUGGAGGAGCUCGACAAGUACGUGCAGAUGUUCCACCUCAUGGACAAGGACAAGAACGGCAACCUCUCGCUGGAGGAGCUCAUGGAGGGGCUCCACAUCAACGGCCAGCCCGUGCCGGAGUCCGAAAUCAGGAUGCUGCUCGAGGCCGCGGACACGGACGGCAACGGCACGCUAGACUGCGACGAGUUCGUCACGGUGUCGCUGCACCUCAAGAAGAUGACCAACGACGAAUACCUCACCGCCGCCUUCCGCUACUUCGACAAGGACGGCAGCGGCUUCAUCGAGCUCGACGAGCUCAGGCAGGAGCUCGGCCCCAACGAGCAGGCCAUCCUCGAGAUCAUCCGCGACGUCGACACCGACAAGGACGGACGCAUCUCCUACCAGGAGUUCGAGCUCAUGAUGAAGUCAGGGACGGACUGGAGGAACGGGUCUAGGCAGUACUCGCGUGCCAACUUCAGCAGCCUUAGCCGCAAGCUCUGCAAAGAAGCCUCCUCUUCUUCGUGAAUCAAACCCAACUUCUUCUCAGUUUCUUUCUACUAGAUGGAUCAAUUAAUCCGCCUGCAGAGUUGUGAUUUUUGUGUCCCAUAUGUGUGUAUGCUGCAAAUUUAACGGGAUCGAUUUACUUAGGCACGAACAAAUCAAUGUGGUGACCAAAAAGGAACCAGAUAUGCUUUCUCAAGAGAGACUGGAAUACGGGAUACUCAUCAAGUCUCGGACAAGUAAAGUAUCACGAAACAACGGGAUUGGAACAUGGGAUUGUUUGAA